GAGCUGCUGCAGCUGUUUCAGGGCUCAUAAAGUUUGCGUUGGUGGUUUGCAGAACUUUUCAGCUUACUACUCCUUUAAACCAACUUUCCUUUUCAUCAACUUUACUUUUUUUUUCAUUAAACUCUGGGGUCGAUUAGAACAGAGCUUGAUUGUGGAAUGGCUGAACUGGUGCGAAUUCGAAAGAAAAGGCUCCAAAUACCUAUCUCUAGGCUGAGAAGCAUGCUAAAGCAGAUCGAGGAGAAGGAUGUCGAUUUUGAAGAAAUAAAAAAAAACUUGGAUUUCACGGCAUCGUUACUGGAGGCAGUAUAUCUUGAUGGAUCGAGACAGUGUCUGGAGACAGAGGACGAUCUUCAGCAGCUGCAGUCAGACGGGGUCCCAUCGGAGGUCACUGACUGGCUGGCGUCCACCUUCACCCAGAGGAUUCGACGGCCUUUGAGACGCUCAGAUGAGAAGCCCAAGUUUCGCAGCAUUGUGCAUGCGGUGCAGGCUGGCAUAUUUGUGGAGAGGAUGUUCAAGAGGGCCUACACAUCAACUAUGCCAGACCAACCUGAGGCAGUCGUAAACUGCCUUAGGGAUGUGGACCGUUGGAGCUUUGAUGUUUUUGCUCUGAACUCCGCUAGCUCUGAUCACGCACUACAAACUCUGUUCUUUGAACUGAUCACAAGAUAUGACCUCAACAGCCGCUUCAAGAUUCCCAUCUCAUGCCUGACUGAAUUCCUAUCUGCCCUGGAAAAAGGAUACUGCAAAUACAAUAAUCCAUAUCACAACCUCCUUCAUGCAGCCGAUGUGACUCAGACCAUGCACUGUCUGCUGCUGCGCUCCGGACUCGUGCACUGGCUGACAGAGCUGGAAGUGAUGGCUUCCCUGUUUGCUGCAGCCAUUCACGACUUCGAACACACGGGAACCACAAACAACUUUCACAUCCACACAAGGUCAGAGUUUGCUCUGAUUUACAACGACAGAUCUGUGCAGGAAAGUCAUCACCUAAGUGCAGCAUUUCGCCUGCUGCAGGACGACCAGAUGAACAUCUUCAUUAAUUUGACGCGAGAAGAGUGGAUGGAGAUGCGAUCACUUGUUAUAGAGAUGGUUUUGGCCACUGACAUGUCCUCCCACCUACUUCAAGUAAAAGCAAUGAAAUCCUGUCUACAACAACAAGAGCGGAUGGAUAAGCCCAAAGCGUUGUCUCUGUUACUGCACACGGCUGACAUCAGUCAUCCAUCCAAGCCCUGGGCGCUGCACUCUCGCUGGACCAAAGCCUUAAUGGAGGAGUUUUUCAGGCAGGGCGAUAGAGAGGCGGAGCUCGGCCUUCCCUUCUCUCCACUGUGUGAUCGAAAAAGUACCUUAGUAGCCGAGUCCCAGAUAGGUUUCAUUGACUUCAUUGUGUAUCCUACGUUUUCCCUGUUGACGGAAAUGGCAGAGAAAAUUGUUAUUCCCUUGGUGGAGGAAAACCCAGGUCCCCCGGAUCCCUGCAACAGACACAGUAAUCUCUGGAAGGAGAGCUCCAGGGGUCUGCAGUGGAGUCUGGCACACAUCACAGCUGAGCUGGUGAGCUUUCGCUCGACUUGGACUCGACACACAGAAGACAACAAGCUCAAAUGGAAAGAGAGUGGCUCAAAUGCUUAUCAACAUUUUCCAAUCCCUUUUCCAACCUUUUAUUUCCUCCAGGAUUUUCUGACUCCAGCGUUACAAAAGAACAACAAUCCAGGGAGGAGGAGCGGUCAGAAAAAUCUCUGCAAGACAGCAGUGAAAAUACAAAACAGUAGAAGGGACUUUCUUAUGAUUUGGGCUUGCUACCAAGAAUUUAUACACUGUUAAACUGAGGCUGGGAAUAACGUUUUGUAACAAAAUCACACAAUCUUUUGUUAUAAUGUGUGACAGAGAAGGAGGCAUGAUUAGACUUAAGAUCAUCUCCCAAACGUAAGAUGAUGUGCAAUACAUACAUAUGUCAAUUGUGUCUUAUUUCAAGAGUAAGUUGUACAUCACAGUAAUUUAAAUGGAAAGUUGACAUGCUGGUCAUGUCAUUUAGUUGUCAGACAUUUUUAUUUAAAUUUCCACUUAAACACGACAGAAGCUUUUUCCAGUUGUAGUUAUAAAACUACGCAGACUUAUUUAUCCUGCAUUAAACUCUAAACAUACAUCA